AUGUUAAAUUUGUUAGAGGAUUGGAAUAAGAAAGAAAUUAAGGGGGUGGGACGGAAGGCGAGGCCUCCCAUGGAAACUAGUAUAAAUCUGGUUGGUGAUGAAGUGGACAAGGAGGCUAAUGCCACGGUUCAGAAACCAGAUGCGGAAGGCAAAGGAUGCAGACUGAAGCGGCGCGCGAAAACAUUGUUGAGUCCAUUCACUGAUCCCUCCAGGAAAAAGAGGCCGACUACUGGUUUUCAUGCACAGACACCUGAGGCCCGUUUUGAUCCAACACAACCCGUGGCCAUGGACGAUGUGAAGGCUAUGAUACAAGUUUGCAAGGCUUGGAAAAGUGACAUCAGUGCGGAGCUGGAGCUCGAACCAUUUGUAGUUGGGGCGGAUUUUUUUUACAAACUUGUAGAUGAAACUGCAUGGAUGAGCUCGAGGCACCUUGACAUGGCCAUGUUUCUAAUACGCAAAAGACAACUCUCUCAUCCCCAAGUAUUUGGAACGGAGUGGACAACUGCCGAGUUUUGUCUGCAGCAAUUUUUACAGCCAAUUACACCGCCAAGUGCGAAACGAGUUACGAGGAAACAAAUUGCUUCAAUGACUGUUGACCCUCCCCCUAACUACCUCAGAAAUAUACACCACUUUGUCUGGGUUCAUGGCAACAUGGUUAUGCACAAGCAUGGACGAAAGUCCGCAAGACAUACUGCCACUGUGUACGACUCGUAUACUGUUUUUACCUCCAACACAAUGCUUGUCCGACAGAUGGAGCCUAUUACCCAGACGCUUGCAAAGGUGUUGUAUGACAUGAGGUUUUAUGAGAAAUCGGAGGUUGAAGCGGUGAAGAAAAAGGGGAUUGACAUGCCAACGUUUAACCCAUUCACAAUUUGCAGAAUUUCCGAUGUUCCUCAGCAAAGUGAUGGUAUGUGCACUUCUAACUUCUGUACUGCUCGGGUGGACAGUACCUCAUGUGGCAUUAUGACCGUCAAAUUUAUUGAGUAUCUCAGUGCUGGCAUUCCUUUUAAUACCAUUGACCCAGCCAAGUUUGGCUACUACCGAUUGAAGCUUGCAAUCGAGGCUCUCAGGGGAGAGGCCUAUGGUGUUAAUUUGUGA